AGCCGUUGGUGCAGGCGGGCCCGAGCCCGGCCGCGCUGCCGGGGGGCGGCCCCGCCCCGGCCGGCAAUGGGCGGACCGAGGGACGCGGGGCUCGAACCGGCGGCGCUCGGGAGGCCGAGGGGGGGGCGGAGGGCCCGCUGCGCCCAUGGCCUCCGCGCUGGAGGACCCGGUGCUGCUCCGUCCCCUGCGAGGCCACCGGGCGGCGGUGACGGGCGUCAGCUUCAGCGCGGACACGGCGGGGCUGGCUACCUCUUCUUUGGAUAGGUCUCUUAUGAUAUGGAAACUGAAGAAGCAGUGCAGAGCUUACAAAUUUGUGGGUCAUGAGGAAGCUGUGACAAGCGUGCAGUUCUCACCGGAGGGGCGGCUACUUGCUUCAAGUUCCCAGGAUCGUACUGUCAGACUAUGGAUCCCUUGCAUUCAUGGAGAAUCAUCGGUACUGAAAGGUCAUACAGCAUCUGUUCGUAGUGUGAGCUUCUCGCAUGAUGGCCAAUUCCUAGUUUCAGCUUCCAAUGAUAAAUCGAUAAAAAUAUGGAGUGUUCACCGUCAGCGACUUUUGUUUUCCUUAUUCCAACACACUCAUUGGGUUCGCUGUGCCAAAUUUUCACCUGAUGGAAGACUAAUAGCAUCUUGCAGUGAGGAUAAAUCUGUGAAGAUCUGGGAUACAACAAAUAAAACAUGUAUUGAUAGUUUCAUAGAUUAUGGAGGGUUUGCAAAUUUUGCAGAUUUCAACCCAAGUGGUACAUGUAUAGCUUCUGCAGGUUCUAACCAUACGGUGAAACUGUGGGAUAUUCGAAUGAACAAGCUGUUACAGCACUACAGAGUUCACAGAGCAGGGGUUAAUUGUGUAUCGUUCCAUCCUUCUGGUAACUAUCUCAUCACCGCUUCUUCUGAUGGUACUCUUAAGAUUUUGGACCUCUUAGAAGGAAGACUUAUUUACACGCUUCAUGGACACAAGGGUCCUGUUCUUUUUGUGGCUUUUUCAAAAGGUGGUGAAAAAUUUGCCUCAGGUGGAGCAGAUGGCCAGGUAUUACUAUGGAAAACCAACUUUGAUUCAUUUGAUUAUAAAGAAGUUCUUAAACACCACAUUAGAAGAAUACAUACUGAUGACCCUCCUCAUCUUCUUGAUAUUUACCCAAGGUCACCUCAUCUCCAUGAUGAAAAGCUUCAGUCAGUUGAGGUCAACCCUACCUUUGAUGUGACUGAUACACAAACUCCUGACCCACCUGUUGUAGAGAUUACUUCUUCUCUAGCCUUCGGUACUCUGGAUGAUGUCAGCCACGAAGAUUUGCAGUAUCCCCCUGCUUCAGUCUUGGCAACAAGUUCAAAGAGGAAGUCAGAGGAUGAGAGCGAAUCAGCUAUGCAUAAUGUGGACAAGCAAAUAGACAUCUCCCCAUCUCUGGGUAAUGCUUUGGAGAACAUUGUGGAACAGCUGGAUGUUUUGACUCUAACAAUUUCAAUCCUGGAACAACGGCUGACUUUGACUGAAGAUAAACUGAAAGAAUGCUUAGAAAAUCAGCAAAAAAUUUUACUUCAGGGAAGACAGGAAGAAUAAAAGAUGAAAAUUAACUGUAUUGAUGAGUAUGUUUUGUAUAUUCACAAGGAAACAAUAAAUGUUGCUUCAUUGGAUUUCACUAUAAUUGGGAAAAAAAAUCCUUUUCUAACUAUUGAUCUAAAAAAAAUGAAAAAAUAUGUAUGACAUUUUAAACAUUAGUAUCAAGCAGAUAGUCUGGUUAUACAUUUAAUAAAGUGUAGCCCAGAUGAAAUUAAUAUUUUGUAAAAUCAUUCCCAAUGAAAGUUACAUGAUUCUUAUUUUAACCCAGUAAAAUCUUUAACUAAAACUAAACAACAAGCUAUAUCUUUUUAGAUGAACAGUGAUCACUGUGGAAGUGCACUAGGCAGGUUUUUCAGCUCAGGUAAGGGCUAUGAAAAUAAAACUCUUUGUACCAAGGCAAUAUUACUCUAGCACCUAAAUUAAAUUCGGUCUAAUUAGCCCUGACUGCUUAAAUGCCAGAGGUUUUCUUUUUCCCUUACGUACUGUCAAAUAUUUUACCAAAAACUCAUAACAGUUACUGCUCAUAUUCUAAAUAUUUUAGUGAUGAUUGUGAGAAGAUUUAGUGUAAUAACUUUUAGUUAAAAAUAUGAAAAUGAAGUCACUUAAGCUUUGAAACAAUAAGGGGAUCUGUGUGAAUUCAGCUGCAAGACAUGCAGUCGAGCACUUCCACCAGAAUUCAGUUUUUAUAUUUAGAAGGUACAUUUCUGAGGAAUAUAUCUGAACCAAACACAUAAUGAUGCAAAGUUUAUAUCAGAAAUAUAAAAUAUCCUCAUCCUCCAGGGACUUCCACAGGUGCUCAAAUUUCACAUGCUAUGAAUUCCCCCCAUAGCUUAAUGCAUUACAAAUUAAGUUACAAAUCUGUAAAGAUGUCGUGUGAUUCAGUUUGAAAAGUAUAAUGAAUUUUGGUUUUAUUUGUAAUAAAAAUGUGGUUUUUAGAAAGACAUAAUUGUCUUUCUAAAUUUUCAAUUUAAAAUUUUCUAAAUUUUCAAUUGUCAUAUUGUCCUUUAAAAGAGAACAUCUCUGCUUCUUUAUGUCUCCCUAUUUAUUUUUAAUGGCAAUUGCAGAAUAUCUCUUCUAUAUCCAUAAUCACAAGUAGAUAGUCAUCUCUUUCUGCAACUUCCCAUCUUGUAUGUUGAAAAAUAGGACACUUGAAAUGGGGGGAGCAUUUUAAUCCAAUUCUCCAACUGACUGUAUAUAGAUAAAGCCCAUUUCUUGGGCUGAGCCUCAUUAACAUCAACAGAGUUCAGCUUAAGUACAGGAGUGCUGUGCAAAUGCCAUUGCAGAUGGAGCUAAAGUAACUAGCAGUCAAAUGUUCUUUUAUAACUUUUCGUUUUCUCUUAUAGUAAUUGCCUUUGGGUAGCCAGAAAUCACCUCAGUUGAUUAGUAAGCCCUGAAUUUUGCCACCAAGUGCUGUUUAUUUUCAGCUCAAUCUUAAGUAGUGCUGUUUAUUGAGAAGAAACAGCCUCGUAGAAGUUUCUCAGAUAUAACUAUUUCUAUGUAACAUCCUAAGCACAGAUUAAUUUUUUGUUUUUUAUUUUUUGUGUGAAAAGAUGGCCUUACAUAUUCAAUUGUGUACAGCCUGACCUUUGAUUAUGCAAUUUUUUAUAAUGCUAUAUAAUGCAUACUUAUGUAAAUACUGCCUUUUAGAUCAGAUGUACUUUGUGUUUUGCAUUUGGAAAUACUCUUGUGGUCUUGGCCUUUUCUUAGUUUCAUUAGAGGACACAAAACCAUGUAGCUAUUAAAAACUCGGGCUUAUUUCUUGUUUUCUUUGUACUACUUAUAUAUGGACUAUACUUUCUUGUUGUUGUUCAGCUUUUCAGGAUUAUUUAUCAGCAAUAUUCAGAAAUAUUUUUUUAAAAAAUCUUUAUUUUUUAAUAAAAUCUCUGCUGAUGUCUUUC